UUUGGCUCCAGGGCUUUGGAGAGGAAGAACUGAGGGAAGAGGAACUUGUUGAGAUUCAAGCUUUCCAGUCAUGGCGCGCGGUAUCAUCAAGCACCUGAAGCGCAUGUAUGCGCCCAAGCAGUGGAUGCUGGACAAGCUCCGCGGACGAUGGGCGCCCAAGCCCAAUGCCGGUCCCCACAAGCUGCGGGAGUGUCUUCCUCUCAUCGUGAUGCUGCGACAGCGGUUGAAGUAUGCGCUGACCUACCGUGAGGUGAAGAUGAUCGUCAUGCAGCGAUUCAUCAAGGUGGAUGGGAAGGUCCGAAGCGACAUGUUCUACCCUGCGGGCUUCAUGGAUGUGGUCCAGAUCGAGAAGACCAAGGAGAACUUCCGCCUGCUUUACAACACCAAGGGCCGCUUUAUCCUGCACAAGGUGGCCAAGGAAGAGGCGAAUUACAAGCUCUGCCGGGUCAAGAAGGUGAUGCGAGGCCCCCGCGGGGUGCCUUAUGCGGUGACCCACGACGGACGUACCAUCCGCUACCCGGACCCUGACGUGAAGGCUCACGACACGGUGCGGUUGGACCUAGAGACAGGUAAGAUCCUGGACCACGUGAAGUUCGAGCCCGGCAACGUGGUCAUGAUCAGUGGCGGAAACAACAUUGGUCGUGUGGGAGUGAUCACCCACGAAGAGAAGCACCCGGGCUCCUUUGAGAUGGUGCACGUGAAGGACGCCGUGGGACACAGCUUCAACACCCGGCUGGAGAACGUCUUCGUCAUUGGCCAAGGCAACAAGCCUUGGAUCUCCCUGCCCAAGGGCAACGGGAUCAAGCUUAGCAUUGUGGAGGACCGAGCUGCGCGAAUGAAGUGAGCCGUCUCUUCGACGCCGCGAAAACUGGAAAGUGACCGUUUUGCUGAAAGCCCUUGGAGGAAAAAGGGAUCGAAGUGUUUUUCUUUCACGGAAAA